GGUCUCUGUGCUGGUGGCAGGGGGAGGAGAGUGUGUGAGGUGGGAGGGGUUAAGCCGGCAAAGUGCUGAUGCAGUGUUUUGAGUGGAGAGCAGCUGGCAUCAGGACGCCUCCAGCACGGCUCCGCUCGCUCUGGAACUCUGAAGCGGGCUCAUCCAGGACGGGGUUCAUGGGAUGCACACUCUACGCAGCCAGCCCUAAGGCGCUGCCCGCUGACGAGGCCCCGCGCAGAGACCGCUACCCUCAUGGUACUGCAGCCAGCAGAACCAGGCCCAGAAGCAUGACGGAGCAGAGCGAAGACACAGGCCCGGUGUCGGCCCACGACCUCGACCCCUACAAGUUUCAGCUGAUUGAAGAUCUGUCAUAUGAAGAUGUGAAAAAAUGUUACCGCGGCUCGACUGUCACCAAGUACAACUCGCAGUACCACAAACUGUUCCCGUGCGUGCCCAAGGACGAGAUCCUCAUGAAAGUGUACUCCUGCGCUCUUCUCAGAGAUAUUCUGCUCCAAGGCCGCCUUUACAUUUCUCGACACUGGCUGUGUUUCUAUGCAAACCUCUUCGGCAAAGACAUCAAGGUGGCGUUCCCUGUGAUUUCUGUCAGGCUGGUGAAGAAGCAUAAAACAGCUGGCCUGGUGCCGAACGGCCUGGCGAUCACCACAGACGCUGGGCAGAAGUAUGUCUUUGUGUCUCUGCUGUCAAGAGACAGUGUCUAUGACGUCCUGCGCAGGAUCUGCACGCACCUACAGGUUAAUGGGAAGAGUCUGAGUUUGAAGCAGUUCAUGGAGGAACCGACGUUAUCACAGGAUGAGUUCCCGGCUCCAGAUGAGUUCCCAGUGGUAGAUGGAUACCAGUCCGUGUUAAAGUGGAGAAGGAAGCCAUCAGUGGUGUCUGUGUCCUCCUCGCUUCCUGAUCUCUUGGGGAACUCUGCAAGCAGGCUGAGCACGGUGGACACCUCCUUCACAUCAGAGCCCCUGCUGGAAGAGCAAGCUCUGCAGACAGAAAGAGGACAUUUAUCAGAGCCAGGACCAGAACCGGGCCAGAUGGAGUACCAGCUGCUCAAAGUCUUCACCUUGCUGAUCGUCAUGCUCAUCCUGUCCUCCUGCUACCUGGCUUUCCGUGUCUGCAGCCUGGAGCAGCAGCUGUCCUUCCUCGCCAGUCUGACUGCGCCGCUGCCACAGGUGACCUCUGCGCUCCGCUCUGACCCCUCAGGGGUCUGACAGCUCUCUCAUGGAGGUGGUGUUACAGGGCGGUCCCGCCCCGUGGGAGGAGCUUACUCACUCCUGAUCACUUUGUGACUAUGCAAACUUUUCUGAGUAGACCGUAAGAUUUAGCGUAGGUCACCGUUUGUUCUCACCGAAAGAUAAAAUUAGGUGAGUGGUUUAAA